AUGGACGAAGACGACAUCUCUGUCCCGGACUCGCCCGCUUCGGAGUUCGGCACUACCACCCCAGAUGCUCUCGAGAAGCAGCGCGCCUCUCUUCAAACCUACCUCGAUGCACUGCCGUACGAGUGCGAAGGGCCGGAGGAGAUGCAGGCUAAGCUCGAGGUCAUCGUUGGCCGCAUCUGCGUUUGCGCGGAGACGAAGAACUGGCUCGUGCUGACGACCUGGGACGGAAUGCUUCAAUGCUGGCUUCUCAUGCGCUACCCGAUGCCCAAGUCCACUCGCGCAAAGCUCACUCGGCUAUACUAUGAACUCUGCCUCGUUCCUGGUAUUGAGCCGCGCGUCAUGCGCAGCUGGGCGGAUAUGCUUUCACGCCUCAUCUGCAACAAGCCAGACAGCCGUCGCAAACUCGACGCAAACGACCUCCAACUGCCCUGGCGGCCGAUCUGGAGGGUGCUGCAGAAGGAACUAUGGCCGAAGAAGAGGAUGCACGACUCCUCACGAAAUGUGGUGAACAUCCUGCUGUUCGUCGCGGAGCAAUGCAAGCGGUACUACCUUGCUAACGAGAUCCCUGACAUGAUUGCUACCUUCUUGCCCAUGCUCACCAAAGACAACAUCUUGACUAUGGUGCCGGUAGUGACGUCAUUCCUACCACCAACGCACCCCCACCUUUACCUUCCACUAGUAUUCAAGCUUUGGGAGGCCUUCAACUCAUCUGUGAUAGACGACAGGUUCAUCGAGCUCUGCGGAGACCUUGCCGAGGAGCAUAUCGUCGGCGAGUGCGGAGACAUGGGACCAGAAGCAGCCGCCGAGUGGAAAACGGUAGGAAUGUGGUCCGAGGCUGAGUGGAUAUUCCUUACAGCGAAAGCUUUGGGCUCUAUGAGUGCGUCAUUUAUUCAAGGCGUCUCAGGGGCGAGCACGACUGCCGGACACGCGGACACAAUGGCCGACAAGCAGUCUCUGCGGAUCAAGAAACUGAUUAAUAGAAGCAGUGCACUUGCGAAGCUAAUCGUCUACUCGUUAUCUCUUGACGGCCCUAUUCGGUCCGACACAGCCAGCACUCCUGGAUCGUCUUCUUCCGAAGGUUAUAUGGCGGGCUCACGGGCGCUGGACUCGCUCGACAAGCUUGUCACGAGUGUCGAGUCCUUCUUCCACCCGUCCAACUAUGGGAUCUGGAGCUUGAACCUCACCCAUUUCGUUCAACGUCUCAUGGCUGAGUUCUCGAAGAGGUGGAAAGACGAACAGCUACCCAACUGCAAGACGCCUGUUACCAGGCGUCUUACUCCCGAAAUUCGGCGCAAUUUCAUUCUCACACUGCGCACUCCGGUGCUGCUCUCCAUGUUCUCGAAAGACCCAUUCACCAUUAGCUACUCCCAGGCUGCAAUGCGCUCGAUGGCUCUCUUGGAGCCCAAUCUCAUCAUGCCUGAGCUCUUGGAGAGAGCUUACAGUGGCCUUGAAGUCAUCAAUGAAACUCAUCGUACCACAGCUGUGAUGACUAUGCUAUCUGCGGUAUCCCUACCGUUGGUAACUGAACGCCUCUAUCUAGGCGGCCAAAAGCAUGUUGUGCCCCUGUUGGAGUUGUGCAUCCCUGGAAUCGACCUGAACGAUCCUGUCAAGACGAUAUGCGCCACGAUGUUCAUCUCUUCAGUGGUACAGCAUAUUAAGAUCGCCGACGUCUCGAUGCACCAAGUCGGCGUUGACCUCUCCAGCGAUGCCCCAGCAGAAGAUAUGAUGGACCUCGAUUCGCCCAGUUCCCUGAAGGUCCGAGAGGAAGAGCGCGCGCUCACUCGCGAGAGCACCUCCGGGUUCGCCGACUGGGUCACCUCGCUCUUCCGCCGGGUCCUAGCCCUGUUCGAGAACUUGCCCGAAGAAGGCGUCCUCAAGGCCAUUAAGGGCGCCCUGGACACUGUCUGCAUGCACCUCUCGGACGCGCUCUUCGACCUCGUCUUGAAGCUCGUCUUUGACUACGCCAGCACCAACGCGAAGUCGAACGCGGUCCGGGCGUUCGGACAGCUCGUGUCGUGUCUCGCCCGCGCUCGCCCGGAGAAGACGGCCGACAAGUUUCUGCCGUUCUGCGCGAUGCAGAUCCAGGAGGAGCUGAAGCACGGCGCGUCGAGCAUUCGCACCACGUCUACGCACGAGGCGGUCCCGUCGGAUACGACCUUGCACUGGAAUCUAUCCAUCCUUCGGGGUUGCUUUGGUUAUGGCGGGAGCACUAUUCUCAAGUACAAGGACCAGAUGCUCAGUCUCAUCAAUCUACUCGUCGAGAAGACAAAGAGUGAGCGCGGGUACACCGGAACGGGUCGUCUGAUCAACCGCGUCGUGCACUCUGCUGGCAUUAUUUACACCCAAAACUCCCGGUUCGCCAACCCCGACGAGUGGGAUUCGCCAGAGUUCAACCAGAAUCUCACUACUCAGUGGGGCAAGACGUAUGAAACCGAGGAGGUCGACGUAACCUGGCAUGAAUGUUGCUUACCUGGUUGCAGUUCCAACAAGGAGGAAAUUGAGUUCGUCCUCGAGGUCAUGGACAAGGUCGCGGCUCCGGCUCUUGACAAGGUGGAGGGUCUUCUUGAGACCGUCAGCAAGUGGGACAGUGUUGCUCGCAACGACUUCUGCCGGUCCAUACCUCACGCUGCACGCUCCCUUUGGGGCAGUUUGCCAACCUUCCUCCUGAUGGGCGAGAAGGACGUCGUGAAUCCUUGUCUGAACGAUGAGAUCGAGAUUCCCGAGCUCCUCGUCGCCCCUCUUGAGGUCAAGGCGGGCUUCACCCUCUCCGACUCUAGCGACCCGCAGUACAAGCGCGCGAUGGCACACCGCACACACUACGGGAAGCUGAUUCACCGUGCAUCGAACUUGCUCAGGAAUCAGACCCAGGGUGAAGAUCACAUUGACGCCGUCAUUGGAGUGUCACGCGCCAUCGACGUCUACUUGCUCGAAUACGCGAUGACCAGGAGCAAUUUCGAGAGUCUGACCAAGUCCUAUCGGCAGGCGCGCGACGCAAUACGUGCAUGGCCCAAGCAGAAGGACAAUGGUCGCGUCGUCUUCUUGAAACGGGCGCAGGUGUACAAUGCCGGCCGGCUCUACAUGCACGCGUUGUACCGACUUGAUGAGCUGUCGCUGUCUCCGUACACCCGUGUGCGCCGGCACGCUCAGGCCAUCCUUCACAACGCAUGUGGUUACUUCGUGCGAUCAACGAGGUUCACCCUCCCAUACCUCUUCCGUGCGCUCGAGAAGAAAGCCGACCCGGAUCGCAUGAAGGGUGCGCUAUACGUGAUGUGGAACAAGGGGACGGCUGCGUAUGCUCUUGCGGGUGAAUAUCCACUCCAUGGACAGUACCUGGUGUCGUUGCUGGAAUGCCAGCACCAAGAGAAGCCAUCGGUUCAGAAGCUUGUCGGAAGCGUUGCUCAGGACGCGCUUGCCUACCUCAACGAGGAGUCAUGCCAUACAGAUGCUUUCACCGAGGACAUUCCCGGCUGGCGAUACGUCCAAUUUGCGAUCCGCUUCUUGUACGGCCUGUUGCGGAGAGAUGCCACGCCACCUCCCGCACUGGCUGCCUUCUUCCUCAAGCAGUGUAUUAGCCCUCAUUCCACCAUCCGAGUCACCGCCCAAAAGGCCGUCGUGAAGCUUUGCGCCCAUAUCAAGAUCCGUACGUUCUCUGAGUCGAGCGAGCAGCUGUGGUUGGAUGAGUGGCGGAACCCGUUGCGCCGGGACAUACCUGUUGGGGACCCUGUCGAGUUCUUGCGGCGUCACGGACAGCCCGGAUAUCCGGCCGGGCAAGCCGGCGAUGUCCUCGUGGACAAAUUUGGCACGGGCUUCAUUGUGUGGACUCCGACCGUGAAAGCCUACCAAGCGGUCCCUGAGGGUCCUUCUGCCUUCGUGUGGGAGGAAGCCUCCAGACCCAUCCUCCGUGCUAUGAGCGAGGUGAUGGACCAGGACAACUUCUUCACCGUGCUAGCCCUUCUUUGGGGCCAGGAGUCAAUGAAGAACGGCACCACCCCAGAACUCAGAGCGGAGAACGUCACUUUCAUGAAGUCCAUCGCCAAGAUGUUCGAGCACGAGAAGCUGCAAACGAUACUCGACACAGUCGACCCCCUUCUCGCCGACACAGACCGCUACAAGCAACGUUCGGGUGCGGAGCUGUUAGCUGGGCUGUCGAGAGGGUCCAAGCAUUGGCCAAAGCAGCACACCGACGCAUUCUGGACAUGGAUCGCAUCCAGGCUGAACAAGAUCUAUGCGCAGAUGAAGCCAGACACUGUUUCGUUUUGGGAGAACUUGUUCAGUGAGCAACUGGUAGACAGAGACCCUCGGCGAACAGAGCCUCUUGUCAAGUGGAUACUGUCGCUUCCCCUGGAUUUUCACGGCGACUCCGCCUUCGCCAUGAGCAAGUCGUUGUCCAUCUUCAACAUCCUCGUCGAUUGUCUUGAUCUACGGUUCCUUCCCCUGGCCGAUCAGUAUGUUAAUCUGUUCUUGGAUAAUGCAAACACCGGAUAUGCGGAGAUUCGAUCUCAAAUUGCUCAGAACAUCUAUGCUAUCAUUAACAUCCAAUGGCGACCAAAUUACCCUUCAGCAUCCGACUUCAUCGCAGCAUGUGCUAGCCAACCCGAUCCCUUAUUCGUCCGGGAUGCGCGCUACCUCGAUCGCGUCUCUCAGAUCGUAUCGCAGCUCCCGACAUGGAAAGAGGAGAGAUUGCCACCGCCUCGCGUGAGCCAGUCUCAGUACGACAAGGUUGGCCUGACUUUGCUCCAAUGGGUAUGGGACUUUGCACAUGGUCCCCAAGCACCCUUGAUUUUCCGUUACAUCAUUGCCAUGCUCCCCGAGAUCAUUCGGAUGUCGGAGCUCAACGACAGCUCCGAGCUGCAAACAUACAGCUCUGCGGUCCUCUAUGUCCUCUCCGCGGUAACCCCUCCUCCCGAGUACGUGGGUGUGAUCGCGGACAACUUCAUCAAUGCGAUCAAGUCUUCGAUAUCUUGGCGCAUCCGAGUCAACGCGCUCCCUACUCUCAUUGUGUUCUUCUACCGCAAUUUGCUGAGCAUGUCGAGUGGGCUUGUGUCGCGGCUUAUGGGCGUUCUUCUGGACUGUCUGUCGGAUGAAAACAUCGAGGUCCGAGAGAUGGCGUCCAAGAUGCUUUCAGGGGUUGUGAGGUGCUCACAACGGCAGAGCAUAGUUCCGUUGAAGGAUCGAUUCAUCAACACCUUGCGGCGGACGAAGCUGCCCAACAGACGAGACCCAGCCUACGCCGAUGCUCUCCGAUCACUUCACUCGGCCAUUUUGGGUGUGUGCGCUUUGAUCGAGAGCUUUCCCUAUUCGGUCGAACCUUGGUUGCCUCCUUUAACUGAAGUCCUGGCAAAUCAUGCGACGGACCCGGUGCCGAUCUCCACAACCAUCCGAAAGUGUGCAUCAGAGUUUAAGAAGGACACAUGGCACAAGGAUCAGCUCGCGUUCAACGAGGACCAGUUGCAGAGUCUAUCCACCAUGCUUGUCGGAACAUCAUACUGUGCGUUCUCUUGA